UCGUGUCGCCUGCUUGUUCGCGCGAAAUGGAGCAACAAGGAGGCUCAACCCCAGUGAUCAUGCGGGCGCCUGAAGGAUCAGUCCAUAGCCUGGGCGCUCGUAACGAAUCUCAUGAGAGCCCAUUGAUCCCAGAAGAUCAACCAGCUUCAAUCACGCAAGGGUCUAGUCAUGUCCGUCUCAGUCACCCUACAUCGACUGCUGCUCCGUCGUUCAAGCUGCCUCCUAACCCUUCGAUCCCUCAAGAUGUCUCGCUGAUCAUGGAGAUGGUUGCGUCCAACCAGGUCGUCGGAUCCUUGCCUCCUUUGGCUAUGUCAGCAGCUGCGAAGCGGAAACUCGUCGAGGAGUCCAUAGCAAAGGCCAAAUUGAAGGGCAAGGCGAAAGACACGGCUCCCUUGCCUGUCGACUCAGAUGAGAGCUCCAGCGAAGAGGAGUCUAGCUCUGAGGAAGAAUCAGAAGCUGGGGACCACGGGGAAGUUGCACAGAGUGGCACCAUUGAGCGGUCCCACGAGGAGAUGAAGAAGGAGCUCGACGAGUUGAUCGGAGAAGGGCCUCAGGCGCUUGCAGAAACCAGUGGCGACGAGGAUGAGGAGUUAUCUUCGAGUGAAGCUGAGGAUAUGGACGAAGGUUUCGACAUGUCGACUUCACCAGGAGCGAGCCGUCGACGUCAUAGAAUGGUACUCGAUUUAAUGGACGAAGAGGAACCGACCCCUUCUGGACCCAUCACGUCAGUCCACGAAGAGGCUUUACCGCCCGUUGCUCAGCCUCUCAUUUCGCAUCUGCCUGACGGUGAGAGAGUCCGCCUGGCAGGCGAGGUCAUCAGCUGGAUGAAGGAGAAGAAAGUCGAGCUCUGGCUCUCCAAGGAGCAAGCGAGAUUGGAAGCUGAGAAGGCUCUGCAGGCGGACGAGCUCAUGGUGGAGGAGGAUCUCGCCUCUGGCGCAGAUGCCGAUGCUGACACCCGAGUCGCAGAGACGAAUCAAGCAGAUCAAGCAGAGCCAACUGGGGAGAACCGUCAACCGUCCGGCGAAAGAGAGUCUGAACAGACUAGAAGCCAGGAGUCUGUGAAGGAGCUGCCGAUAAGCACUGCAGCACCUGGGGAGAGCUCCAAGGUGCCACGGUUCCUAUCCGCCGGAACAAUCGUCGUCAAGGCUAUGCAAUCGGAGCCUGGCUCAGCUGAAGACGGAUGGUUGGAAGAAGGAAGUGUGGUAUGUUGGGAAGACGGACGGGUAGUAGGCACAAUUGCAGAGACUUUCGGACCUCUUACCACUCCGUUUUACUCUAUCCGCCUUCCUCCUCCGCCCUAUCCCUAUCCUUCGAUCGAUUCUUUGUCUAGCGGUACUCGGCUAUUCUACCCUGUCAAUCCGACCUACCGCGCCUUUGUGAAUAUGCACGCAGUCCGAGAUCCUCGUUUCAAAGGCUCAGACGCAUCCAACAUAUAUGAUGAGGAAGUAGGCGAGGAUGAGCAAGAAUGGUCAGACGAUGAAGCGGAGGCCGAGGCUAAGAGGAGACGGAAACUCGCUCGAGGGAGUCGAGCACCGUCUCAGGGCGCCAGGAGAGACUCCAGUUCCUCCAGCACCUAUGCGAUCGGCUCAGGUCAUUCUAGUCUGCCACAACGACCUCAUUUCGAUUAUCAACCUGAUGAUGCGUCGGAGACGGCGAGUCUGUACGGGGAUGGAGAUACGGGUUCCAUCUACGGAUCUGAAGACGGCUCCAUGAUGAGCGCUGGCCGACCACUUCCAGGGCCUUACGACGAUAUCUUACCGUCUGAUAUACCUCAAGGUCGAUCAAGGGGUCGGGGAAGGGAUAGGAGGGGCGGAGGUGCCGGGGGUAAAUCCCGUGGAGGUGAUCGUGGAGGAAGAGGCGGACGUGGCAGAGGAGGGCGAGGGCGAGGGCGAGGAAACGGAUAUCAAUCGCAAGGCAGUGACAAUCGAGGAGCAGGGCGUCCCGUUCAACCUCAAGACUAUCCACGACCGAUCCAUCAAGAGCAUUGGCACCCGCCGACUGCGAAUGGGUAUCCUCAACCUAUCUCGAACGGAUUCAAUGCAGCUUACGUCCCUGAAGAAAGCUAUCGACCUCAACCUCACAACUAUACCUCGCCUCAAAUGCCCAUGCCCAUGGCGUAUUUACCGUCAGGCCAACAAUACGGCCUCUCUAACGGCUCAACGUUUCAAAUGGCGUAUCAAGGCUGGCAGGGUGGGGGAUCUUCCAACGCUGCUCCGGUGAAUGGACAAUCUGGCGGUGUGCCCGCAAUUAACCCACGAUUCAAUGGACAGUACGAUCCCUCGACCCAGUAUGCCAAUUCGUGGCAGAAUCACUUUCCUGGGGAAUAGACAAUGGACCCGAUUCCGCAUCGAGCACCCUUAGACCCCCAUCUUGACAUGCAUGUAGCGUACAUAUCGGAAUAAUG